AUGAUUCGUAAUAAGGCAGCAGAGCUGAUAGAAUGGAUAGAAUAUCAUUUAUUACUGGGAAUUGAACAUUUUUAUCUGUACGAUAAUUUGAGUAAUGACAAAACGUAUCAGUUACUCAAGCCAUACUUAGAUAAACAUUUAGUCACGAUUGUCCGAUGGCCAUACACGGCCCCUAGAGGAAGACAUUGGAAUACGAUUCAACGUGCAUCGAUGAAUCAUGCACUCAAAACAUUUGGUCCUUAUAAUCGAUGGAUGGGCUAUUUUGAUGUUGAUGAAUAUUUUCAAUUGAACAAUGAAAAAGCCGAUCUCGUCUCGAAUGGUUCAACAACAUUAGCUCAAUUAUUUGAUAAAACGUAUCCAGAGCAUAUUUAUUCGUGUGGCGUUCAGUUUGAAAAAGUGCAAUUAUCUUGCUUUCUAAAUCAAUUAGACAUCAUUCAGCGUCGACACAGCCUGUUGAUAGAAAAGUGCAAUGUGUUUUUAAAUGAAAAACAGCGCGUGCCUCCAAAGAUGUUUAUUCGGGCUAAAAAUAUUCCAAUGAUGGUCACGAUUCACUUGUUGCCUGGCUUAAACUAUAAGCACAAUGCAAACUACGCAGAAUUUGGCCGAUUCAGACAUUAUCAUCAUGGAAAAGUUGGUGGUGUCGAAGAGUUAAAAACAAAUAAUGGAAAAGUAGACGAAUCGAUGGAGAGAUAUGUACAGGUAUUAAAACAGCGUGUCGUCAGAUAUAAAAGUAAAGAUGCCCAGUAA